GGCUGGUAUAUGUAAAUAUUAUUAGGUUUAGUCUUAACAGUUAAGCCAUUGUUCACUUUGAAGAUCUAAUCAUACAAGAGGUCUCAUAAAGCCUGCCAAACACUUUCACAAGGCUAAUGCACAGACCACUUUAAGCUGCAACUACCCACGUCUAAACCAUAUAGAGUUAGUCAGGUCAAGCUUAAGAACGGCCACCUCUUAAUUCGUCGGACCUAGAGCUUAUCUAAUUCGCCCAGGAUACAGCAUCAUUCGUCGAAACGUCGCAAGGACCCGGAGCAAUUGAACGACAUAACCUAAUCGAUCUCAGCAACCGCAAUUGAGUGCGCGUUUUCCCUCCCGCAGCCAUCGAACGACGUCUACCUCUAUACGAAUAGCUUGACGUCAUGUCGUCCGGAUACGGUCUUCAUGGCGGUCCGGGCCGGUGCUUUCCCUUCUGGCAAGAAGUUCUAGCUUGCUACGUUGUCAACACCUCGGCGGAAGAUGACUCGGGGAAGAAGAAGUGCGCGCCCGCUCUAGAGGACUACUAUGAGUGCCUACAUCACAAGAAGGAGGCCACGAGAGUAAGAGCAUUACAAGCUGCAUACCGAAAGGCAGAAGCAUCGUCAGCACGAGAGAAUGCGCCAAGUGCUGGCCAAAUAAGGAACCUGGGCCUGCUGGGCAAGGAGGAGGAUACGAAACAGGUCCUUGGCGGAUGAUUGCGAUGCUUCGAAAAAACAGGCACAGCCGUGUACGUACAAGGUCUUCGGUGUAUAUGAAUUUAAGGAUCAACGAAACCCAAACUAGACGUCCUUUAUAUCAGCGGGAUUAGGUGCUUAGGAUGACCUACAACCUUGGUACGGAUAUCAAAUCCUAAUUUUCCGAAUCGGUGGAUAUCAGGGGCCAAUAUUGCUCAGAUAUUCCCAAUUCAAAGGCGCAAAUAUAGAGGCAUUGGUAUGCGUUAUAAUGAUACCAAUUCUAUAUCACUAAAUCACCCUUUGCGACUCAUAUACGCCAUGAAGGUUUAAUGUUGGUCAGCUCCAGCUCUAGCUCACAUCUACGGGUCUGGUAAGUUUAAAGAGAUCGUUUAGUGAGGCCAAUCACGAUUCGCAUAGAAAACGAUCAUACAUUUAUUUUUCCAAGAGAUGAAGCCAUACAAACAGAUGGAAAUAUAUACACGUGUGCAAGCAUGUCUACAUCGUUGUCAUAAGAU